AUGGGAUCCCCGCCCUCAGCAGCCGUCCCCACCGCGCACGCGCUGCCCAACCACGCAUCUGCUGGUCGCCUUUCGCGGCUGAGCGGAAUGCGCAUCCACGACAUGCACGAGCACCCUCCAGCUCACUGGCCCGGCGCGCCUCGAUCCCGCGCAGUGUUGCCUGUGGCCGCCCUGAUUGCCUUCGCCAGGGUGCUGGUCUCCGUCUUACUUCUUGCAGCUCUAGCCCUGCCAACCGCUUCUGCGAAUCGAGCCCCAGCCGGACCCCGCGAGUUGGCUGUGCGUGCAGACAAUGCCUCCUCUCAAUUGGCCGUGCUCGAGGUCGACCCACCGGUGUUGGUGCCGCCGCAGCCCGCCUGCCAGCAGACGUUGAUGGUCCAUGUCUUUGCCUACAGCUACGGCACUCCCUUUGUUGGCACCUACGUCCCGCCUGCAUGCGACUUUAACCGGGCCACGUUCAACCUGACCGUCACGUCGCGGGGUCGGCAGUUUGACCGACUGGCUCUGAUGUAUUUUAACGACACCGAGAUAUUCCGGACCUCAACUGCCGAGCCAACGACCAAUGGCAUCCGGUGGACUUACAUCAAGGACAUGUCAGCUUUUGUGCCACUGCUCCGAGAGCCUCAGAAAAUCAUCUUCGACCUGGGAAACCUGAUCGAUGACACGUACACUGGCUCGUUCAACACGACACUGACCGCCUCAUUCUAUGCAGACCCUGAGUCGUCGUUCGCGCCAGCAGAUGUCGUCUUACCCGUUUCAGCCCGCAGAUCCUCGACCGACGGCGCUAGUGCAUUCAAUCUGCCGGCUGACAACGCAACCAAUGCGCUAUCUCUCCCACGGAACGUCGAGCGCGCCAUCUUUUCCAUCUCGGCCAACGGACAGUCCACCGAGGAGUUCUGGUGGGCCAACGUGCUGUCCUCUGACGUCUCCGCUUUUGGCUCCGAGACCACCCUGUACGGCUUCUCGCCUUGGCGCGAAGUGCAACUUUACAUUGAUGGCGUCCUGGCCGGAGUUGUGUGGCCAUUUCCGAUCAUUUUUACUGGCGGUGUCGCUCCUGGCUUCUGGCGUCCGAUUGUCGGCAUCGACGCAUUCGACCUUAAAGAGGACCAAAUCGAUAUCACUCCAUGGCUACCGCUUCUUUGCGACGGUCUGGACCAUUCCUUUGAGAUCCGGGUGACUGGAUUAAACGAUACCGGUUCGGGAGAGGCCACCCCAAGCGGAAUCGUCGGUAGUUACUGGGUGGUAACAGGCAAGUUGUUUCUCUGGUUGUCCGGUAACGAGUCCGCUGUUACGACGGGCACUGCGCCCAGAGUCCUCGCCCCAGCACCCAGCAUUUCUGUCAGCUCGAUUGCCAGGGGUUUGGGUGCAAAUGGGACUAACGCAACCCUUGACUACGCCGUCGCCGUAUCUCGUCACUUCAGCGUUAGCAGCACAGUCGUGACUUCCGCGGGCGCAAGUAAUGUGAGCUGGACGCAGACACUAGCCUUUUCCAACAUUGGGAAUUUCUCCGACGCGGGGAACGUCCAGGUCACCAACCAGAAAACCACCGGCCUUGACCGAGCUGCGAUCGACAAGUUGUCCAGCACAUUUGAGCGCACCUACUCCUACCCCCUGUGGGCCUACACCGCAUAUGCCGAGGCUGGCUCCAACUUCUCUAUAGACGCUGCCCUUGACCGCGGCAAGUAUGUUUCCACUAUCGGAGUAUCUGCAUUCCCGCUCGGGAUCGAAGACUACAAUACCAGCGCGACGGGUACCAUCCUCACGGACCGCCAGAAUGGAACCGCGACGUACCUUUCUGUCUCUUCACCGAGCUCGCAGAGCUUCAGCAGCGGGACGACGGAGCAGGACCUGACUUUUGCCGCCGCGAACAACCUUCAAGGGGAGGGUGAAGAGUUGCUCUACAAAAGACACAUUGUUGCGAGCAACGGGACCGUUGUACGCGAUGACGAGGGGCUGUAUGGUAAUGGUGGCAGAAUCAAAACCGAAACUUCUUGGAUGAGUCCGGUAGGCGUGACGCAGGAAGUUCUGGUAAAGGGUUACGGUUCCAAGAGUGUACAAGAGGUGCUUGGAAGGGGGCCCCGGGCGGUCUCCCAUUCGUUGUCUUCGGUGGGGCUGGCGAGCGAGCUGAGGUAA